UACGGCUGGUAUCUCCGCGUGGCCGCUGUCGUCAUCUAUCUGCUGAUCCAGAAGAUCUCGCAGAGCCUGGCGGCCCGGCCGAGCGCCCAGCCCGGAGCAGCUGACGCGGCUGUGGAACCUGAAUUGGUGGUAAGAAGGCAGGAAGCCCUGGCAGCAGCUCGCCUCAGGAUGCAGGAGGAGCUGAAUGCACAAGCAGAAAGAUACAAAGAAAAACAAAGACAGCUUGAAGAAGAGAAGCGAAGGCAGAAGAUAGCAAUGUGGGAAAGCAUGCAGGAAGGAAAAAGCUAUAAAGGAAACCUGAAGCUGAAUCAGCAAGAAGUAGAGUCUGGUGCCUCCACCUCAUCAGCACUUCCCAAAUCCAAACCAAACAAAAAGCCCUUGCGAGGAGGUGGCUAUAACCCCCUGUCUGGAGAAGGAGGUGGAACUUGUUCCUGGAGACCAGGCCGGAGAGGCCCGUCAGCAGGUGGAUGA